AUGUUUCCCUAUCUAUCUAUCUAUCUAUCUAUCUAUCUAUCUAUCUAUCUAUCUAUCUAUCUAUGUGCAUUUUGUUUCUUCUUUUUCUUCUCUUCCUCCUCCUCCACCUCUUCCUCUUCUUUCCUCAGUUCAAUUUUUUCUUUUUUUCUCCUCCUUCUUCUUCUUCUCCUCCUCCUUCAUUUCUUCUUCUUCUUUCCUCAGUUUGCUUUUCUUUUUCUCCACUUCCUCUUACUCCUCCUCUUCUCUUUAUUUCUUCUUCUUCUUCUUCUUCUUCUUCUUCUUCUUCUUCUUCUUCUUCUUUCCUCAGUUUGCUUUUCUUUUUCUCCACUUCUUCUUCUCCUCCUUUAUUUCUUCUUCUCCUCCUUUAUUUCUUCUUUUUCCUUUCCUCCUUCAGUUCUUCUUCUUCUCUUAGUUUGUGAAAAACUGGGAGGAGGCUCACUGUAUGUUUACAUCUAUCUAUCUAUCUAUCUCAGUCUGUUCAUUAUCUAUCUAUCUAUGGCGCGCCAACAUGAAAUUACACUCUCUUUCUCCCUCCCUCUAUAUAUGUAUGUAUGUAUGUAUGUAUGUAUCUAUCUAUCUAUCUAUCUAUCUAUCUAUCUAUUUAUGGGAUAA